CUAAAAGAUAUAUUCUAUAACUGGUUCCAGAGAGAUUCCAACUGACAAAAAUAUCUGGCGCGAAAUCCGGCCCCACCUGAUCCUCAUCCUUGUUAGCGAGAACCACAAAGCAAAUACAGUCGUCCAAUUACCAGGAAACGUCCUAAAUUCUUAACUAAAAUCAGUUUUUCUUUACAUUCAAUCUGCAGCGAGUCCUCGUUGAAUCCUCUGGCUCGAAUGGCUCGAACCAUGACGCGUUGUUGCCGCGGCCGUAGAAGACGAAGACAGAACCCACCGCCUCUGUGUCUGCAGAUAUUUUUCCAACAGUUAGUCGGCGAAACUACCAGACCCGCUUAUAUAAACCCCAAUACCGCUCCCUCCCCGAUAAUUUCAUACUCUUUUAGUUACCGAACAAAACCCAAAACCCCAUUUCGAUUGUUGUAACAUUUCUAUCGGAAUGAAUCCCGGAGACAAAGAGUGCAGUAGAUCUCCGCCUAAACCGGACCCUGACAUCGUUGAAUUUACUUCGACCCAACCGGUGACGACGCCGUUUUCUUCACCGCCAUUGAAGGAUUCUCUGUUUAUUGACUCUACAUUGAUGGAAUUCGAGGCGUUCACGACGAGCCCAUCGGGCGGCGAGCGGGCUCGGGUAACUAUUGGUGGGUCGGAGGAGAACAUCGGGGUGCCGCAGCCGCUUGAAUGCUUGCAGGGGAACCCGAUACCGCCUUUUCUGUCUAAGACUCUCGAUUUGGUGGAGGAUCGAUCCUUGGACCCGAUAAUCUCCUGGGGACCUACGGGGGAGAGCUUCGUGGUCUGGGACCCUGUGGAGUUCGCGAGGCUUGUACUGCCAAGGAAUUUCAAGCACAACAAUUUUUCCAGUUUUGUGCGCCAGCUUAAUACUUAUGGGUUCCGCAAGACUGAUCCUGAGAGAUGGGAGUUUGCCAAUGAAGCAUUUCAACGUGGCAAGAGGCAUCUGCUGAAGAACAUACAAAGGCGCAAGUCACCUCAAUCCCAGCAGGUGGGGAGCUAUCUUGGGCAUUUUUCAGAGACAGAGAAGCUUGGAUUGGAAGGGGAUGUAGAGAGACUGAGAAAGGAGAGGAGUACGAUGAUGCAGGAGGUUAUAGAACUGCAACAGCAAAACCAAGGGACAGUCCAACAUGUGAAAGUAGUAAAUCAGAGGCUUCAGGCAGCAGAGCAGAGACAGAAGCAGAUGCUUUCAUUCUUGGCAAAGUUGUUUCAGAACCCAGAUUUCUUGGCCUGCCUUUGCCAAAAGAAAGAACAGGGAAGUCUUGGUUCUCCUAGGAUGAGGAGGAAGUUUGUUAAACACCAGAAACAUGGACCAGGCCAAUCAGAUGCAUUCUUGGAAGGGCAGGUUGUGAAGUACAGUCCCGAGGGGCGAAACCUUCCCAUGUCUCCUAUGCUCCCAGAUUUCAAUCCAUUUGCUGUCAAAGAAUCACCUGAAGUUUACUUACAAGGUACAGACAGGAUGGGUUCUGGCGCAGAAAGCAAUCCGUAUCAAAUUGAGAAUGUUGCAUCAGAUGAACUAGCCAUGCAAGGGGAGUUACAGGUACAGCAGGGAUAUAUGCAAACCCAAGAACCCUUUAAAGAAGGAACGCCAAGUUUUGGAAAUGAAGAUCCAAAUUUUGAAGGAAACAAUGUGAUGAGCUCAGAACAAGAAUUUAGUCCCGAGUAUUUUGUCAAUUUUCCGGAGGAAUUGGCAAAAGAGAAACAUUUUCCUGAAUUCUCAUCUCCUGGAACUGAAAGCAUCAUCAAACAAGAGGAUGUAUGGAGCAUGGGUUUUGACACCGGUGCUGGUAUGUCUAAUUCCAGCACUGAGUUAUGGGAUAAUCUUGUUAGCUACGAUAUGCUUGAGUUGGGGCUGACCAGCGGGCUAACAGAUAUCUGGAAUUUAAGUCCCAUACAAGCAGCAGGAGGUGCAGACAUUGACAAAUGGCCAGCUGUUGAAAACCCCUUCAAUGAACAGUGAGAGCCAUUCUGGCCAGCAAAAAAGAUGCUAUAUCCAAGACUACAGAUCCAUAGGGCAGCAUUAGCUUUGGCACUUGCUACCCGUUUGAAUUUCAGUUAUUCUAGGUUAAUGGGAUCAAUCCACUGAACGUUUGUUAUAAUAUAUGGUUGAUUCUUCUCUGAUUAAAGAAUUUCAGUUGUUGAGCGAACCGUGCUAUCUUAUAAGGU